AUGGCUCGGCGACUCUGGUCAAAUCAUUCGGUUUCUUCAAGCCAUUUUGCGUGGGAGGACGAGGCGUGCGUACUGAUAUCAGAUCUAGAUUUGGAGUACGCUAAUCUCGAAGCUGAAUCUGCCAGUCUAACUGGCGAUGCUGGCAAAAUCAUGAUCCUCACCGGCGCCUCCGGAUUCCUUGGGAAGCAGAUUCUCCAAGGUCUCGUUUCGUCUCCUUCAGUAUCCGAAGUGCACUGUAUUGCUGCUCGCUCUCAAACGUCCAUGGAGAAAUUAAACGCGAAUGAGUCUUCCAAGAUCAUCGUCCACACCGGAGACCUGACUCUUCCCCGCCUGGGGCUAGACAUCACAACGGCUCGGUCACUUGCAUCAAGGGCCAACAUCAUCGUCCAUAACGGUACUGAUGUGUCCUUCCUGAAAUCUUACAGCUCACUGAAAAAGUCCAACGUGGAUUCAACCGCCGAACUUGUUCGCCUCGCAAAACCUUGUCGCAUCCCCAUUCAUUUCGUCUCCUCGGCCGGUGUCGCAGGAUUCGUUCCGCGCAAUGAGCUGCCCCUUCGUGAGGUGAGUGUAGCUGCCUAUCCACCACCUAGGGAUUCGAGUGCGCACGGCUAUCAGAUCGCAAAGUGGGUGAGUGAGCGUCUCCUUGAAAUGGCAAAUCAACAAUACGGUCUUGAUAUCGUCCUGCAUCGACCAACGGGGAUUGUAGGGGAAGAUGCUCCCGACGCCAACAUUCUUGGCAAUCUUCUUCACUAUUCGAGGCAGCUAGAGUUAGCACCGGACAUGGAUGGAUGGGAUGGUUAUCUAGAUUUGGUUGACGUGGAAGCGGUAGCGCAACAGAUAGUGGCUGUUUUGGAGUCACCAAACGUCUCUGAAACUGGAGUACGUGCAGUUCGUGUGGUUCACACUUGCAACCCCGGUGCCUUUCCAGUUCAUGAACUGGCAGAGUACCUAGGAAGAACACGGGGAAAGCCGUUGGGCGCAUUGCCCAUGACCGAGUGGAUUGGUCGUGCCAUGCAGGCUGGAAUGAAUGAAAUGGUAGGGUUGUAUUUGCAGGAGGUGACCUCCAAGCGCCUCAGCUGGUAG